CAAUGGAUCGCCGCCUCUGUUUAAAUAGACUUGCGGUGUCAAUCAUUUUCUUCUUCGUCAGCCUCCCUUCCACCGCCAUAUUGGGCAACUAAAAAAAAGGGGGCUCGUCUUUUCGGGGUGUUUUUCUUGCCCUGCCCUCGCCCCACUUGCUCGCCGCUCCGCGAUUCCGACGCCGGCAAGGUUUGGAGAGCCGCUGGGUGCGCGGGGGCCGCGGGCGAGCACCCGCCUGGACUUGGACUGGCCCGGCACCCCCUCCUCUCGCCGCUCCCCUCCCCUCCCCGCCCUCCGGCUCGCCAGUCCACUGGGGGCGGCCGAGACUUGGGGCUGCCUGGGCCGGGGCGUCCCCUCGCCCUCCCCCCAGACCCUGCGCGCUCCUGACGCUCGGGCAGUUACGCGCGGCUGUUUGUUGCUCUUGGCUCCGCGGGCCGUCGCUGGGCUUAUAAGAGGGGUGCGCGCUGGUUCGGGGCGUUUUGUUUUGUUCGGUUUUGUUUUCGGGAGCGCGACACAGAGGCGGUCGUAAAGACCAGGGAGGAAGAUGUCAAACGUGCGAGUGCCUAACGGUAGCCCGAGCCUGGAGCGCAUGGACGCCCGGCAGGCGGAGUACCCCAAGCCCUCCGCUUGCAGGAACCUCUUCGGCCCGGUGAACCACGAAGAGUUAACCCGGGACCUGGAGAAGCACUGCCGAGACAUGGAAGAGGAGAGCCAGCGCAAGUGGAAUUUUGAUUUUCAGAAUCACAAGCCCCUGGAGGGCAGAUACGAGUGGCAAGAGGUGGAGAAGGGCAGCUUGCCCGAGUUCUACUCCAGACCCCCGCGGCCCCCCAAAGGCGCCUGCAAGGUGCCCACGCAGGAGAGCCAGGAUGUCAACGGGAACCGCCAGGCGGUGCCUUUAAUUGGGUCUCAGGCCAAUUCAGAGGACACGCAUUUGGUAGACCCAAAGACUGAUGCCUCGGACGGCCAGACGGGCUUAGCGGAGCAGUGCACCGGGAUGAGGAAGCGACCUGCAGCGGACGAUGCCUCUCCUCAAAACAAAAGAGCCAACAGAACAGAAGAAAAUGUUUCAGACGGUUCCCCCAACGCGGGCUCAGCGGAGCAGACGCCCAAGAAGCCCAGUCUCAGAAGACGUCAAACGUAAAUGACUCGAAUGAAGAGUAUGUCUCCUUGUUUAUCAGCUACAUCGCUACAAGGAUUAUGAAGCAAGGAAGAUACAUUAAAAAAUCUAAAUACAUAUCUCUGACUCCAUGGAAUGGACAUCUUGUAUAAGCACUGAAAAGCAACAACACUAAAAUUUUAGGCACUCUUAAAUGAUAUGCCUCUAAAAGCAUUGGAUGUAGCAUUGUGCAAUUAGGUUUUCCUUAUUUGCUUCAUUGUACUACCUGUGUAUAUAGUUUUUACUUUCAUGUAGCACAUAAACUUUGGGGAAGG